AUGUUUUAUCUGAGCUGGGGCAUGCGGCUGGCAGGAAGACCCGUGACCCUCAGAGCCCUCCUCUUGCUGGUUGCACUCUGGGUGCUGCUCCUGGUUCCAAGCCAGUGUUUGCAAGGCCGUCCCACAUGGCGUUAUAUCUCAUCGGAUGUGGUCACUCCUCGGAAGGUGACCUACCAUGGCAAGGGAUUUCAAGCACCAGGCCGGCUCUCCUACAGCUUGCGAUUUAGAGGCCAGAGACAUAUCAUCCACCUGCGCAGAAAGACUCUUAUUUGGCCCAGACACUUGCUGCUGACCACUCAGGAUGACCAGGGGGCGCUACAGAUGGAUUAUCCUUUUUGCCCUGUGGAUUGUUACUACAUUGGCUUCCUGGAGGAUAUCCCUCAUUCCUCAGUCACUAUGGAUACUUGUUCUGGGGGCCUGAAUGGGGUAGUGAUGCUGGAUGACCUUGCCUAUGAAAUCAAACCCCUCAGUGACUCACACACGUUCGAGCAUGUUAUUUCUCAGGUAGUAGCUGAUUCUGAUGCAGUGGAGCCUAUGAAAAAAUGGAAGAACGUAGACCAUAACGUGGGCCCCUUCUUCUCUGGAACAAAUUCCAACAUGGCUCCCAGAAUGUCAAGUAGAGACUAUGCUUCACAUCCAGCUGCCAUCAAGGGACAUUUUCUAGCAACCCAUUCUUUGUAUCUUGUAGUCCAAAAUGUUACAAGGUCUGGCGAAUAUUUGUUUUCAUUAGCCAGUUUAAUGGACAGUUUUAUGCACAACAUUCAUUUACGAUACUACGUUAUUAUUUUAACUGUGUUCAACAUUAGAAAUCCAUUUCCGGAUGACUACCGAGUGCCAGGAGGUGAAGUUCACAAUUACUAUUUGGCAAAUUUUUAUUACAGAUUUCGCCCUGAUUCAUCAACUUUAAUUAAUUUAAAAGGGCCAGAGGAUGAAGAUGCCGUUCCAAUUAUACAAAGUGUUUGUACUCCCAAUUCCUUAAUCUGCAUUGGUCAAAAUAGACGAGCUUAUAUAUAUAUGUCUAUAGUAGUAGCCAAUCGUGUCGGGAGGAAUAUAGGUCUGAAUUUUGAUGAUGAGGCUUACUGUUUUUGCCAGAGAAGGUCCACCUGCAUUAUGUUCAAGGAUCCUGUGCUAACAGAUGCUUUCAGCAAUUGUUCCCUUGCACAGCUAAACCACAUACUCAAUAGUCCUGGUGAGGUGCUGUGCCUUUUCACUGAUUUUACUAGUUACUAUAAUGGAUCAUUAACCUAUAGUGUUUGUGGAAACUUCAGAGUAGAUGAAGAGGAGGAUUGUGACUGUGGCUCAAACAAGGCAUGUUAUACAAAUCCCUGCUGUCAGAAUGACUGCAAAUUCGCAAAAGGUAGCAUUUGUGAUAAAGAAUCAUGCUGUUCAAACUGCACCUACAGUCCUUCUGGGACACUUUGCAGAAGUAUCCAGAACAUAUGCGAUCUUCCAGAGUACUGUAAUGGGAAUGAAAUCAAUUGCCCAACAGACUAUUAUCUGCAAGAUGGAACACCAUGUUCAGAAGAGGGGUACUGCUAUGCAGGAAACUGCACCGAUCGCAGUGUACAUUGCAAGGAAAUCUUUGGUGCAGGUGCUCAAGCUGGUAAUAGUAAGUGCUAUGAAAUCAAUAAGGAACGGUACCGGUUUGGACAUUGUCAGAGACCACAAGUAUCCCUCUUAUUUAGUCCUUGUUCUGAUAGAGAUAAAAUGUGUGGGAGGUUGCAGUGUACCAAUGUUACCCGUCUUCCACAGUUGCAGGAUCACGUUUCAUUCCAUCAGUCAGUUAUUUCUGGGUUUUCCUGUUUUGGGCUCGAUGAGCAUCGUUCAACAGAGACAACAGAUGCUGGACGAGUCAGAUUUGGCACUCGAUGUUCCACAAAUAAUUUCUGUGACCGAGGGUCUUGCAAUGGAUCUUUAACUGAACUCAAUUAUGACUGCACCCCAGAAAAAUGCAAUUUUCGAGGUGUAUGCAAUAAUAUUCGGAAUUGCCAUUGUCAUGUAGGCUGGGAACCUCCAGACUGUGUAGGAAAUGGACCUGGAGGGAGUUUGGACAGUGGACCACUUCCACAGAAUAUGCGAGCAAUAAAAGAGAGCAAAGAAGUAGUGGUUUACUUAAGAGUCAUUUUUGCUCGCAUUUAUGUCUUCAUGGGCUCACUGCUCUUUGGGGUGGCUUUUCGAGUAGCUUUUACUAAGGUUAUCAUGUAUGAAGAGUUGCAAGCUGCUUUACGUCGAGCAGAACAACAAGGACAUUUGCCACGGUAA